UUGUGUUGGGCUUUACACAGCUGUCUCAGGCUCUGACCCAUUUGGUGAAGGGAAAACUCAAGGGGGAAAGUAACAGCAAUCCAAUAUGGCCUUCAACGGAACAUGGCAAGUGUACACACAGGAGAACUAUGAGAACUUCCUCAAAGCCCUCUCACUCCCCGACGAUGUCAUCAAAAUGGCCAAGGACAUCAAACCUAUAACUGAGAUCAAGCAGACUGGCAAUGACUUUGUCAUCACCUCAAAAACCCCUCACCAGUCUGUCACCAACUCCUUCACCAUUGGUAAAGAAGCCGAUAUCACUACCAUGGAUGGGAAGAAGCUCAAGUGCACUGUUCAGCUGCAGGGAGGGAAACUCGUCUGUAAGACAGACAAGUUCUCUCAUGAUCAGGAAAUUGUUGGAGGAGAAAUGGUAGAGAACAUGACAGUAGGAGGAGUAACCAUGGUCAGAAAGAGCAAGAAAGUAUGAGGAUUUUUGGAGGACAUUUCAGGAGAAUAUUUAAAUAAACUUUGGCAUACGACACAAAAUUGGA